GAGAUGAAUACAUUUGUCUGGCAUUGUUUUUCAUACUAAAGUAUGUGCAUCUCAUUUGUUAUCGUAAGCAGAGGGUGUCCGAUUUCAGUAUAUUUUCUGCUUUCUUAGCUAGCGUAUUGUUUUAAGAUAACCUUCUAAAAUGCUUUAUAAUAUAAAACCAACGAAAACAUUUCGAUUUAUUCCGCUUAUUGGUACUCUGCGACGUCUAUGUACUAAUACAAAACUUGGAAUUAAAGACAUUCCGGGACCAAAAAUAUUUCCCGUUAUUGGUAGCCUUUACAAGUAUUGGCCCAUUAUAGGCGAUUAUAAUGCUGAUACAUUGGACAAAAAUGCUUGGCUGAACUGGCGUCGUUACGGGGGCCUUGUGAGGGAGUAUCCGAUUGUAAACUUACUCCAUAUUUAUGAACCAGAAUUAAUGGAGAUAAUAUUCCGGCAGAACGAUCGCUAUCCAGCCCGAAGGAGCCAUAUAGCCAUGUUACAUUAUCGUCUCGGCAAACCUAAAGUUUACAAUUCAGGAGGUCUCCUUUCCACAAAUGGUCCUGAAUGGUGGCGUUUACGGGGUGCCUUCCAAAAGAACUUUUCUGGUCCUCAAAAUGCGAAAAAAUACGUAAAAAUUACAGAUAAGGUCGUCACUGAAUUCAUACAAUGGAUAAAAGAUAAUAAUCGUACAUCGGUUUCCGACUUUCUACCGUAUUUAAAUCGUCUUAAUCUUGAAGUUAUUGGCGCGGUAGCCUUCAAUGAGCGUUUUAACAGUUUUUCUGCAUCCGAACAGACUCCCCAUUCCCGUACUAGUAAAAUAAUAGCAGCCGCAUUUGGUUCCAAUUCAGGAAUAAUGAAGCUCGAUAAAGGAGUUUUGUGGAAACUUUUCAAAACACCUCUAUAUAGGAAAUUGGCUAAAUCGCAGGAAUAUUUAGAAAAAGUAUCGAUGGAUAUUUUAUUGGAAAAAUUAAAUUUCUAUGAAACAAAAAAACCGGAAGUGGAAGACCCCUCACUCCUAGAUAAUUGCGUCAAACAGGAUGGUCUGGAUAUGAAAGACAUCGUUGGUAUGAUGGUGGACAUAUUAAUGGCUGGCGUGGAUACUACAUCCUAUACAACAAGUUUUGCCUUAUACCAUUUAGCGCGAAACCCCGAUUGCCAGGAAAAAUUAUUCGAAGAAGCAACAACCCUUCUGCCGAAUGAAAAUUCAGACAUUUCUUCAUCUGUCUUCGCGAAGGCUGUGUAUUUGAAGAGUUGUGUAAAAGAAAGUUUGCGUCUUAACCCCGUAUCUAUUGGAGUUGGACGUGUUCUACAAAAUGAUGUUGAUUUAAAAGGAUAUACUAUUCCUGCUGGGACGGUGGUCGUAACUCAAAAUAUGGUAGCAUCACGACUACCACAAUACGUCAAAAAUCCUCUGUCAUACAAGCCGGAACGGUGGCUCCGUGGGUCACCUCACUAUGAAGAAAUACAUCCGUUUUUGUGUCUGCCUUUCGGUUUCGGUCCACGGUCAUGCCUCGCUAAACACUUGGCUGAACAGAAUAUGUGUAUUACUAUAUUAAGGUUAAUUCGCACAUACAAAAUCCACUGGUUGGGUGAAGAGCUCGGAGUUAAAACGCUUUUAAUUAAUAAACCAGAUAAACCUAUUUCAUUAAAAUUCACACCACGUUUUGAACUUUAA